GUUUUUUGUUGUGUGUGCACAAAAGAAGAGCCAUUGUACGGAGAAACUCUUGUGGAUGAGUGAAGAAGAAAAAAAUAGCUCAUUGACAAUUCAAUUUUCAUUCAUUCCGUUUUAAUUGAAAUCAAAAAUUGUUUGUUCUUAUUUUAAAAGCGAAGUUUAUAGCCGAUGCAAGGCGAAUUUUAUUUUCAUUUAAUUCAUAUGCAAGUGAAUUUUGAGUGAAAAAUAGAAUUUUACUUGUCGUCUAUGGACGAUUUUCAUUGUUUGUCACACAAUUAUCGAUUUUGUAUACAUCCGAAUGUAAGCACAAUAAAGAGACAAGAGGGAAAAAAACGCACGAGAGAUAACUAAAAAACGGAGCCAUCACGACAUCUCGUUGAAAAUGGAGUCAUCGCACAGUUUAACACUGAAUGAAGAGGCGAUCAAAAAUAUCCCAGAUCAUAAGAAGCCCCUGUACGUCUUUGAAUGGCUUCGGUAUUUGGACAAGGGAUUGGUUGCUGCUCAGAAAUCUGAUGUAAAAGCAUGCCAAAAGAAAUUGGUGGAACAAUUAACAACUCAAAUUCAGGGAUCUCCAGGACCUCCAACGCGCAAAUUAUUAGCGAGUUGUUUAUCAACUCUGUUUUCCGUUGGUGAUACAUUUCUUCUAUUCGAUACUGUGAACAAGUGCAACGAUAUAUUAAAAAAUAAGGAUGAUUCACCGAGUUUUUUGCCAACAAAAUUAGCUGCAAUAUGUUGUGUCGGUUCAAUGUAUGAGAAACUCGGACGGAUGAUGGGUCGUAGUUACGAAGAGACGGUCACCAUUUUAAUAAAAUCGCUUAAAAGUGCCGAAUCACAAAUGCGUAUCGAGAUUAUGGUCACAUUGGAAAAAGUAUGUUGCGGCAUGGACACGGCCAUUUCAAAUGUUCACAAGGAAAUUUAUAAAGCGACCAAAUACUGUUUAUCGGAUCGUGUUAUGUCAGUUCGUGUAGCAGCUGCAAAAUGUCUCUUGGAAAUGAUGAAUCAUGCACCGUUUUUGUACACAACAGAAUUGGAGAAUAUGGCCGCACUUUGUUUCCGAGCAUUUGAUGGUAGUAACUAUGAAGUGCGUUGUGCGGUCGCCAAACUUUUGGGUUCGUUAAUCGCAUUCACGCAACAACAGCAACAAACAUUGCCAAAGGGUGUGGUACAGGUUAAAGCACAACCAAUCACCCGUCAAACAUCACUGGAUGAAGCAUUUGGCAUUUUAAUGUCGGGUUUUUUACGCGGCGGUGCAUCUUUUCUCAAAGGUACUGGUGAAAUGAUUAAAGGCAGCUCAAGUGUAAAUCGUGAGGUUCGCGUUGGUGUGACGCAUUCUUAUGUUAUAUUUAUUCGUCAAAUGGGCGGUAGCUGGCUAGAACGAAAUUUACAAACAUUUCUGACACAUAUUCUCGACUUGGUUGCCAAUCCAAAGGCCGCUAGUUCACACGUAGAUGCAGUUUAUUCAAGAAAAUGUAUAAAUUUCAUUUUGAGAGCGACAAUUGGAAAAAUUUUAGGGGAGAAAGCUCAAUCGUCAGCAUGCAAAGAAAUCGUUCACAUCAUAGCAAAACAAAUGAGUACGAUCGAUUUUAAUCCAGAGAAUGCAAAGGAUUCGAACCAAGAAACGCUAUUCAGUCAACAUUUACUUGUGUGUGCUUUGCAAGAGUUGGGCUGUUUGGUGACCAGUUUGGGUACCACAUCACAAAAUCUACUAAACGAUCAACAUCUUAACUUUAUUGAUGCAACGUGUGCCGUUUUGAUACAUCCCAGCGUGGCAGCACGUUUAGCGGCUGCUUGGUGUUUGAGAUGUGUUUGUGUAGCGGUGCCAAGUCGAAUAACACCGUUAAUCGAUCGAUUCAUUGAAGCAAUCGAAACUAUGCGAUCAUCGCCUGAAGCUAUUGCUGGAUACAGUGCAGCUCUGGCAAGUGUACUUGGCAGUGUUCGAUUAUCGCCGCUUGGCAUUCCGCACACAAAAGGAAAAAUUGUAUUUAAUACCGCUGAAGAACUUUUACGGUCGGCCAGUCAAAAUAGUCGCUUGUCAUUGAAUCGCACACAAGCCGGAUGGUUGCUGAUUGGUGCCAUCAUGACUUUGGGCGUUCCAGUGGUCAAGGGAUUAUUGCCGCGAAUGCUAUUGCUGUGGCGAAAUUCAUUUCCACGAUCGUCGAAAGAGAUGGAAUCUGAAAAGGCUCGAGGGGAUUCAUUCACAUGGCAGGUGACGCUCGAAGGUCGAGCCGGUGCACUGUCUGUAAUGCAUAGCUUCCUACUACAUUGCGGCGAACUAUUAACCGAUGAUAUUACACGACGCCUUAUGAUACCAAUUGAAAGCGCUUUAGCUAUGCUUGUCAAUCUAUCAUCCGUACUCAAAUCGUAUGGGCAACAGCUGAAAGCUCCAGCAGCCAUGGUUCGUCUUCGUCUCUACGAAACACUAACGCUAUUGCCGGCCAAUAGUUUAGAGUCUUCCUAUACGCACCUUUUGAGAAUGCUCAUUGCUGAAUUUACACUAACGGAAAACCCAGCCAACACCACAAAUUCAUUGUUGCGUGAUUUGUGUCAUUCGGAUGAUUCCAUCAUUUUGGGCAUUUUUUUGGAAGAAACUGAUCACCGAGUCAUCGAAGAUCAGAUGGAACCGAAUCGGAAAUCACAUGCAGAACACCUUCAACCGCACUCCGCAGCCGGUUCUGGUGCCCUUGAACACGAUCAAUGCUGUUUGUAUCGACCGCUGCCAAAAUCAUGCACUUAUCCGGGUCCAUUACCAUUGGGUGUUGCUGUAAUUGAUUCGUCGGUUACUUUGUUUGGAUUGAUUUUUCCGCGCGUCGCAAACAAGCAUCGCAUCCAGAUGUUUGAUCACUUUGCCGAGUGUAUAAAGCAUGCAAAGAGCUCACGCCAAGAAGCGGUUCAAAUGAAUAUUUUUGCGGCAUUGUUGAGCGGACUGAAGGGUUUGAAUGAUUCAAAGUCGACCAUUGGACAGGACGAUGUAAAGAAAAGUGCAACCACUUUGAUAACAAAUGCUUUGAUUUGUGCGAAUCCGAUUUUAAGAUGUGCGGCCUGCGAAGCACUCGGUCGUAUCGCUCAAGUGGUUAGCGAUUCAAAGUUUACAGCUGAAUUGGCACAAUCAAGUUUUGAUAAAUUGAAAUCGGCACGUGAUGUUAUCACACGCACUGGCCACUCAUUGGCUUUGGGGUGCCUUCACAAAUAUGUUGGCGGAAUGGGAUCUUCGCAGCACUUGAAUACGAGCGUUUCAAUUUUGCUGGCAUUGGCUCAGGAUGGUAGCAGUCCGGUCGUUCAAGUUUGGUCAUUGUAUGCAUUGUCAUUGAUUGCUGAUUCGGGUGGUCUGAUGUUUCGUGGUUAUGUUGAGCACACGCUAUCGCUGUCGAUUAAACUUUUGCUCACGGUUCCACAAUCGUGCGAUGUUCAUCAGUGUAUUGGUCGUGUGCUCUCGGCAAUUAUUACAACAAUGGGACCAGAACUACAAGGAAACACCGCAUCAAUUUCAACGAUGCGUUCUUCGUUGCUAUGUGCAUGCGGAAUUAUGCAAUCGCAUGCAGAUCCUUUGGUUCAGGCUGAGGCAACUGGAUGUUUACAGCAGCUUCAUCUAUUUGCAUUGCGUCAUGUAAAUCUAUCAUCGUUGGUGUUGUCACUAUGCAAAACACUAUCCAAUAAUUACUUGGUAUUGCGAAAGGCGGCAGUUGCGUGCUUGCGCCAAUUGGCACAACGUGAAGCAAGAGAAGUAUGCGAACAUGCAAUGACUUUGUUCAGCGGAGGCAAUGGCAUCGGAGGGGGCGAUGAUAACAAUGCGAUUACAAUGAAUGAGACCGGUUUGCCAGGAGUUUUAUUUGCUAUGCUUGAUACAGAGACAGAUGCUGAAAUGAUUAAAAAUAUUCACGAUACAUUAAAUUCGAUGUUACAAAUGCUGGCGGCUGAAAAUUUAUCACAAUGGUUGACAAUGUGCAAAAAUGUAUUGACCAUUGCCAAUGAUGCGAAUACAAUUGGAACGAAUGAUGAGUUUGGUAGUGGUUGUGGUGGUGGCAUUCGUGGUGGUAUGGACGCAUUGAAAGUAAAUAAUAACGAUGGUGACAAUGAUGACGAUGACGACAACGAUGAUGAUGUAGCGGAUUUUCAUGUUGAAGAAGAUACAUCGAAACAAAGCAUUCAACCGAGAUGGCCAACACGAGUAUUUGCGGCAGAAUGUGUACGCAAAAUUAUUAAUGCUUGCGAAAGUUCAAGUCCAAUUCAUUUCGAUUUGAUACAAGCCAAAGAAAUGCAAAUUACCAAAUCACGAGCCGACUAUUUAAUCUUACAUUUAAGCGAUUUAAUUCGAAUGGCAUUUAUGGCAGCUACUAGUGAUUCGGAUCCAUUGCGAUUGGAAGGUUUGAAAACACUACAAGAAAUUAUUGAUAAAUUUGCACGCGUGCCCGAACCAGAAUUUCCCGGACAUUUGCUGCUUGAACAAUUUCAAGCGCAGGUUGGAGCUGCCAUUCGUCCAGCAUUUUCGACGGAUACACCGUCACACGUGACAGCUGCUGCCUGUGAAGUAUGUUCGGCGUGGAUUGGUUCUGGUGUUGCACGUGAUUUGAAUGAUUUGCGUCGUGUGCAUCAAUUACUUGUCAUUAGCUUGUCAAAGCUUCGUACAAAGACGAUCAGCACGGAAUUGUACAACGAAAGUAUGGCGACACUCGAAAAAUUAUCGAUUCUAAAGGCAUGGGGAGAGGUUUACAUUGUCGCAAUGAUUGGAAAUGGUUUUGCGCCGGCAAGUUUGAUAAUGAAAAAUUUAACCAGUUCGAAUUCAAAUUAUGCCGUUACAACCACAACCACAACCACGUCGGCAGUUGCAAAUGCAGCAAAUGACGAUGACGUUGAUUUUGGUGAUUUUGAGAGUCGCGGCGAGAGCUUAUUGUCGUUGGUGAAACCUGAAUUAGACAACUUGUCACAGCAUUGGUUGGCUGCACUUAAAGAUCAUGCAUUGCUAUUACUUCCGCCAGAAUUUGCAAGUCAAUUGCCACACGAUGGUGGAGCAUUUUACACAAAUGACACAAUGAAUUCCUCUAAACCGCACUAUUUGAGCGCUUGGCCACAAAUUCUAUAUGCUGCUUCAUUGUGGCUUAAUUCGACUGGUUUUCAUUCAUUGGUCGGUGGCGGUGGCGGUAUUGAUGACGAUGAAAAUGAAAAGACGACCACAAAAGAUGCAGAAAAUGAAAAAAUCACAAACAAUAAUCCUGUCGAUAGCUUGCAGUCCAGCCAUGGUAGUCUGCGGGCGGACCGUUUUCAUUUGGUGUUUGGAAUUGCAAUGGAAGCCAUUUGUAGCACACGUUCAAAUGAAAAAUUGGAAGCAGUUUUAGCAUGUUUACAAUCCAUUUAUACAUUAUUCGAUGGUGCUUGGGCACGCGAACAAUUAUUCAAGGAUAAUCGGACUCUGGCAAUUGAGCUGUGCAAUGUUUUGCAUCGCAUAAUUUUGACGCGAGACAGUUUGGAAGUGCAACUAUUGUGCAUUGAAAUUUUGAAACGUGUCAUUCAGGCGGCUCACGAAUGGUUGACACGUGAAAAGGAGGAGAAAUUGUCUCAAAUCGAAGAUAAUGAAUUAAAGACUGAAAUGCAAAGAGAGUUGGAUUUAUUGGGCGAAGGUGGUGAGAGUGGUGAAAUUAUACCCGGUCAAUCGGUAGUUUAUGCCGUGUUGGAGGUGUGCCUUUGUUUGUUUGUUCGUCAAAUUCCAUCCAUGAACCCGUCAACAACUUUACGGUUGACCAACGAACAUUUGCAGCAUCAAAUAAAAAUCAAUUCAAAUGGAACGAUAACAUUGACAGAAGACAAUAGUUUAUUGGUUGCAAAAGCAUUUCAAUGUCUUGAUGUGAUUUGGCGACUGUGUUCGCCAAAGGGUGCGGUUGAGGUUUUACCAAGUAUAUUGUACUUAAUUACAGGUGUCAUCAAAGAAAUUGCAACCAAGUCAAUUGACGAUCAAACAAUAAUAGCAAACAGUGGAAUGAUACAAUCUGCAUUACAUUGUUUGCGUUCAAUUGCAACCGACAAAUAUGUCAACGAUGAACGAAGUGCCGGCGAACUGCGUAAACUGUUACAAUCGACAUUGGCCUGCUUGAUUGACUUGUCAAAGACGGGAUGCGAUGAAACAAAAGCCGACGAAGUGACAAUGAUGUUGGGCAUUGCAUUGUUUAUUCUUCAUGCACCGAGUGCCAUUGUUUCCGUGCCGAAUUUAAAGUUUCCUUCGAUCAAUCAUUUUCAGCAUUGUUUGCAAAACGAAACUAAUCUAAUGGUGAAACUGAAAUGCAUUCAAACGACACGUUCAAUCUUUGUGAAUGCCGAUUUAAAGGUUUCCACUCCCUACAUACAUGCGUUGGCUCCGCGCAUUAUCGAAGGUUUAUGUGCAACGAAUGCGAAAAAUCCGAAAAACGACAUUGAACUGAAUAUCAUAUUGGAGAGCAUCAUCACAAUUGAGGCGCUCAUUUCAUUGGCCGAACCACAAAACAGAAAUCUUUUACAAGGAAUCCAAUUAUUGACGCUGUUGGUACCAAUUCUCAUUGAAUAUUUGCUGGAGCCACAUUUGUUGAAAACAAGUUCGAAAUAUCCCUGUCAAUUGCACGAUCAAUCCUUGCAGUGGUUGAUGCGUAUUGGACCCAAAUACCCGCAAGAAUUUAAAAUGUUGAUGAGCCAAUCGACCGAGUUACGAAAUAAAUUGGAGGCAGCAAUUCGACACAAUCAACAAACUACAAAUCCAAAGCAAAUGGAAUCGCACACAAACACCGCCACCACCAACAAAAACCAAAUGAACCAACCCAAGCCGACCAUUGAACUGAAAACAAAUUUCAGCAAUUUUUCUUCCAACUAAAAGCAAGACAAAUUAUUAAUAUCCUCUGUAUUCUAUUAUUUUAACGGAAAAUAUUGUAGUAUAUAAAUGAAAAGAGUGUUAAUAAGUGAUAUUCAUAUUCAAUUUUAAACUAAAUAUUCAUAUAUAUACUAUAUAUCAUUGGAAUUCAUCCAAGAACAUUUAUUUGACUGAUGAGAAGAAAGAAAUUAAUAGAAUUUGAUGUGCAUAGAUUGAUGUAGUUUAUGAUGUUGAAAUAAAAAUUUCAAUAUUUUAUUUUCAGAAA